GCCACACUCCCUCAUCAUCAGUAGAUCCUCAAUUCUUGCGGGCUCUGCCUCGUCUCGAUAACGAGAACGUAGACAAGAGUUGUAACAAGAUCGCGUUCCUUCCGUGGGACAAGAAGGCGUGAUCGCGCGACAGCUUAUUAUUCCGGAUUAAUUUGAUUUCCGAAUAAAUCGCACCAUGGCAAGGUGCGCGCUUCAACGAGGCUCCUUUGCUCUCCUCGUUCUCGUUUUAAUCGCCGCAGUCGAAGCACAGAACGGCAACUUCGGCACUCAGUCCAAUAGCGAUUGCAAUACUCCGAGCGGGUUGCCUGGAAGAUGCGUAGCGAUUCGGCAGUGUGAGCCGCUGUUGAAUAUCCUAACGACUCGUCCCCUGAGCGGGGAAUCGAUUCGAUUUCUGAGAGAGUCGCAGUGCGGCGUCAGCACCAAUAGCCGCGACCCUAAAGUUUGUUGCUUAAUAACCGAGGACGAUUCGAGGAGCACGGGCAAUGAAGGAAACGGUAACACAAAUUCGCUCGAUAAUCCUAAUUUGCCAGCGGACUGCGGCAGCGAUUUGUCGCAGAGAAUCGUCGGCGGAGAAGUCACCGAUUUGACCGAGUUCCCCUGGAUGGUUUUACUCGAAUACGACAAACCAAACGGGAAAACGACGGCCUGCGGAGGUGUUCUCAUAACAUCCCGUUACGUCUUGACCGCGGCUCACUGCAUAAAGGGCGCGGGCCUGCCGAAAUCAUGGUCCCUGAACGCCGUACGGCUCGGCGAGUACGACACUUCGACGGAUCGUGACUGCGUGCCGGACGGAGACGGAAGCGAGGUCUGCGCCGAGCCGACGGUGACGGUCCGCAUCGCAGAGGCGAUAGUUCACGAGUCGUACCGACCGAACGCUCGGGACCAGCAGAACGACGUGGCCCUGCUCAGGUUGGCUGAGAACGUUCAGUUCACGAGUUACAUCCAGCCAAUUUGCUUGCCGGCGGGCAGCGACCUGGCCCAAAAGUUGUGGGUCGCCGGAUGGGGGAAAACCGAGACCAAGAGCGAGUCCAGCGUCAAGCUGAAGCUCGGCAUCAGCCCGGCCGACCCGUCCGCGUGCGCCGAAAGGUACAGAAACGCCGGAGUUAACUUGGGCCGCAGCCAGCUGUGCGCCGGCGGUCAAAGGGGCAAGGACUCCUGUCGCGGCGACUCCGGCGGCCCUCUCAUGUCCUUCGACAGAACACCCGGCGGCAGCAGGAAAUGGACCGUUGUUGGAAUCGUCUCGUUCGGACCGACGCCCUGCGGCAUGCAGAAUUGGCCGGGUGUUUACACCAAAAUCGUCGACUACGUUCCUUGGAUACUCUCCAACGUUCGAGCCUGAGACUCGAGUCCUUCUUCCCUUCUUCGCACCACCGUCAAACACCGGAAAUUCCGAGCCUUAUUCGCCUCGUUUUCAAGCAAUACCUCGUCGGGAAUUCAUGCUUCGAAUUUUCGAUGCUUCGACAAUCAUCGCGGGGGAAGAAAGUGGAAAUGGUUAACCGACCGAAAAUCCGGUUGACUCGAACCUUUCAUUCGUCGCUGGCUCGAAUGAACAUUUCUCAACGCGACAGCAAAACGUCAAGCAAACGUUCUGUUGAAAAACCCUUUUUUUCCUCGUUUGUACGAGUAAGGAUACGAUCUGGAAAUAUACGAAUGUACGAAUA